AUGGCAACUUCUAAUCAUUCCAAUUUAUCACAAUCUCCAACGGAUAUGACAAAUAGCACUAUUAAAAACAAUAAUAUUCUCCGAUCUAAAUCAUCUAAUGCAAAGGUUUCUUCAAGAGCACAUCUUGAAAGAAUGGUUCAAUUGAGAAAUAGUAAAAUUAUAGAAUUAUAUUGUGUUUCGCGACUGAGUGAUUUAUUGAAUGUUAAAGAUGCUAAAAAUUUAAAUAACGAUAUUAAUGAUUGUUUAAAUAGAAAUGAUAUUAUGAAAAAUGUAAAAUUUCAAGUUGAAAGUUUACCUAAAGUUAAUUAUUUUAAUUAUCCAAAUUUAACAUCAAAUAUUUCAACAUCAACUUCUUCAUCAUUAUAUCCAAGAAAGAGUCUUAGUACAGGAAAUAUUACUAAGAAAAAUAAUAAUAAUAAUAAUAAUGUAUCUACAACAAAUACAAAUAAGAAUAAGAAAAGAUCAUCGAUUGCUUUGGCUGUCUCUUCUGCAUCUUCUCCAACACCAACUGUAUCACAACAAAUAAUUGAAAAGGUUGAAACACACUCAGAUUUAGUCAAUUUUUCAAAAUCUUCAGAAUAUUUAUUAAAUAAAUCAAUCGUAUCAUCAUCAUCGUCAUUACCACCACCACCUUUGAAGAGAAAAAUGGAUACUACAGAAAAUAAAGAUAAUUAUAAUAAUGAAAUAUCAACAAAAAAAUUGAAAAAAGAUUUAUCAAAGACUGUAGAAGAACAAAAAUCACUUCCAACUUUACAAAAUAAUAACCGUCCUAAUACUGCAGUUGCUGCAGCUAUUGCUGCAGCAAAACAAGCACGCAACAAUUAUUAUUCAAACUUAUAUAUUCCACCAUCAAAACCAACACCUGUAGAGAUUAAACCGCAAUAUAGAGAUUCUAUCGUGAAUAAAUUAAACGAAUCAAAGACAAAAUCUUCGAAUUUUUAUAAUAGUGACGAUAUCAAUGCCAAAGAUAUAGUAUAUUUAAUGACAAAGGAUCAAGUACCUUCUAAGAUUCCACAUUCUAUCCCAUUGGCAGAAUUAAAAUAUAUGGCGCAGACUUUGCCAUUGAUUGAGUUGAUUCCUAGAGCUCAUAAAGUACUUACAACAGAUAUAAUUAAUAAUGCUUUGAAUGAAGCAAGAGUUACUGUGGUUGGCUCUAGAAUUGAAGAAUUAAGAAGAUUAUCAUUGUGGUGUUUAAGACAGCCAAAAUUAUUUAUUGACCCUUGGAAUAAUGAUCAUACAUAUUAUACUAGAUUAUUAGAAGAGGCUAAGUGGAUGCAGGCAGAUUUUAAAGAAGGAAAAAAUUAUAGAAUUGCAACAUGUGUAACUUUAGCCCAAGCUGUUAUGGAUUAUUGGACAUAUGGGAAAGUAUGUUGUAUAAAAAAGAAGCCAAUCGUACAUUUAUCAGAUCCCGUAAAUGUAUUAAAGGAAGAAAAUGCGAUUUUACCAACUACGACAGAAGCUACUAUUGCAGGACCAGAUGGAACAACAUUACCUUCAUCCACUAUUUCACCAAUUACAGAAACAGACACACAUAAAGAAAAUGAUGUUGACACUGGGAAUAGUUUUGAUAAGGAUACAAAAUUAGAUGAGAAAAAAGAAGAUGUCACUACAGAUGUACCGGAUUCUAUAGAUGAGAAUAUUCCAUCACAUCCGAUUGUAGAUAUUGCACCAAUAACUGUAUCUGACACAGAUAUUGAUUCAAAUGUUGAUACAAAUAUUGAUACAAAUAUUGAUGCAGAAAUGGACGCAGCUAUUGUCCCACCUAUUAACGCAAAUGUUGAUGCAGUUCUUGAAACAGAUACUGGUACUUUAACAGAAGAGAUAAGUGAAAAACCAGAGUCAGCCAAGAACGAGAUUAUCGAUGAGAAUGGAAGUGAUAAAAAGUCAGAUCUUAAUACAGUAGAAGAUAAAGAGAAACCUAGUGUAGAGGAUAACAGUGAACAAACUCAAGCAGAAAACACAGAAAAGAAUUUAGAAAAUAUUGGUACUGAACUAGUAUCUGACAAAACUACUGAAUCUCCUGAAAAAAGCAUUAACCCAAGCUUGCUAAAUGUAACACCUGGCUCUUCAAUGGAUGUAAACCAAUCAUCAACAUUUUUAGAGAGCGUUGCUGAAGAAAAUCAAGAUAUUCGUAGAAAGGAAAUGUAUCCAUUUAAAUUAUAUAUUUCUAUGGAUGAUUUAACGACAGCUGAACGUAAUCUGACAAAAGAAAUACCAAUAUAUAUGGGAAUUGAUAAAGAAAAUGAUAAGCCUAACCGAAAAGAUACAUCAUUCAUUCCAAUAUCUAAAUCAAUGAUGACUCUAGAUGAUGAUCAUUUCUUCAAAGUCAUUGAAAAACAAAUAAUGAAUGACGAGCAAUCAUUGAAUCAAUUGAGUAAAAGAAGAGGUAUGUUUUACGCCAACAGACGGAAUCAUUAUUUAAGACCACCAGCUGUUCCUUCAUUGAGAUAUUUGAGAAAUAGAACACCUACGAUUUGGCUUCCAGAAGAUGACAAAGAGUUGGUUAAGAACAUUAAUGCAUAUUCAUACAAUUGGGAAUUGAUUAGUUCACAAAUGAUACAUAGACCAACGAGAUCAUAUCUGUCCAAUAUUGAAAUUAGGACGCCAUGGCAAUGUUUUGAAAGAUUUGUUCAACUAAACGAGCGUUUCACUUUUAAUGACAUGAAAGGUCCUAGAGCACACAGUGCCCAACAAUGGCUAAUUGAAGCACAUAAGUUUCAGCAAAGACAAAAUAGAAGAAUUUCUCCCCUUGGUGUCGGUGAGGAAUCGAUUCAAAGAGGUCAUAAGAGGUUACGUUGGGCUAGUAUGUUUGAAGUCAUGAGAAAAACUAUAAAGAAGAGAGAGAAUGCUCCAAAACCAAACAAGUCACAACCCAGAAAACCAUUGGAUACGAAAAAUAUGAAAAUUCCUACACCUGCUGAGAUGUCUCAAUUGAAAGCUCAAAGAGAUGAGGCCCUACGUAGGGACGUUCAAUUUAGAAGAAAUGUUAAGAAUAGAACACAACAAAAACAAUUCUUAGCAGCACAAGCACAACAACAAAGAGGAAAGACAAAUUCCAGACAACUAAAUGGCGUCAGUUCUAAAGAUCCUCCACCUGAACAAGCGGUAGGGAAACCAGUACCAGAUUCUAGAGUAUCAAAUUCAAUACCCCCGAUUGAUAAAAAUAAUCCUGAAAUGAUACUUAUCUUAAAUUAUACAAAGAAAAUACUAGCACAGAAUCCAGAACUUCCGCCAGGUGUAGCAUGGAAAACUGCAGAAAAUUAUGUUAAGAAGGUUAAAGAGCAACAAAUCCAAUUGAAACAACAACAGCAACAGCAACAGCAACAACAGCAACAACCGUCACAGCUUGUACAACCCCAGGCUCCAUCACCAAGUAAUUUAUCAGUUGUUUCCGCGCAGCAAAAUUUGAAUCCUUCCAUUCAACAAGGACAUUUGCAACCACCUACAAUGGGUGGUUCUAACAAUGGCAAUGCAACUAAAAUAAAAUCACCAACUCCAUCAGAGAUUUUACAAAGAUUUCAAAAGUAA